AACAGAAAUUGUAGCGCAGCGCUGCCAAAUAUACACACACGAUUGUUCCGAUUAUUCUCAUCCGAUCCGCAAAAACAAGAGCAACAGAGCGCGCGCCAUCGGAUUUAUUAAAUGCACUUCUAUAUUUAUUUAUAAACGCGAGUUUUGAGGCGCCAAUUGCGGGGAAAAUAAAGUGCAGGUCACCGACGCCUCUGCCGCCGCCGCUGCCUCUGUCGCAGUCGACGUCGAUGCCUUUUUGGUUGCUGUUUACGGUGCUGCUUUAAAACAAAGUGUUUAAUAUUCGCCACUGUGUCUGUGUGCUUCUGUUUUUUUUUUUGUAUUGUGGUGUGUGCAAAAUUCCGAUUUAAUUAAGUGUGUUAAGGUGUGUUUGUAGCACCUAUGCUGGCCCUGGCCCCGCCCACGCCGCCCCCUCGAAAUGCCCCGUUAGCCGCGAAAUCGAAAUCGAAUCGUUUUUCUGCAACCGCAAUGCUGUCAAAUGGCUCUGCCGGCAUCGCUGCCGACGUCGCUGCCGCUGGCGACUGCGACGAGCGAACGCUUUUGCUAAGCGAAGAGAUUGUUGUUGCAACGUCGACGUCCUCUGCUGGCGUCGCUGCAACUGCGCCGCCGACGUCGCUGCCGCUGGUGCACACAACAGCAACAACAACGCAACAGACCAACAACAACAAUGUGAACAACAACAAUAAUGCUUCCCUUGUGGUCAGUGCUAAAAACAUGGCUAAUAAUAAAAAUAACAGCAAAUGCAAAAACAACGAGGCCAGCAGCAGCUGCAGCAGCAGUAGCAACAACAACAAUGCAGCGGAAGCGGCGGCAGCGGCUGCAGCAGCAACAACAACCGCAGCAGCAGAGGAUAUAGAAACGAUAACAACAACAACAGCUGAUGAGGACGAAAUGUCCAGCGAUCUGAGCGAUAAAUUCCCACGCCCCCAAAAGAAACCCGGCAAACUAAGCAAAUUGGGCACCAAAAGCGUCGGCCUCAAACGCGUCUCUUUUGGAUCCUCGAAGGGUUCGAUGGUGGAGACGCUGGUCUUCGAGACGCCGACGCCGUUGUCGGAGCACGUGGAGUCCACCUUUGGGUUCGCUGCGGCUGGGGACUCUGCCGCGGAUACCGCCGCUGCCGCCGCUGGUCAGCCGCAGCUGGCGUCGACGCUGCCGUCGCAUCUGCCCUCUGUCGGCGGCUACAGUGGAGACUAUGCCAAGGGAAACAUGGACGACAGCGGCAUUGAGGUGCAGGAAGAAUCGGAGCGCUCGAUAGUGCGCGUUUCCAUUUACCAAAGCAGCCAGCCGCAGCAGAUCUGUCCACCGGCGGAUUACCUGCUGGACGCCCUAGACGGAGGCUAUAACUACAACUGCAACCUCGACUACACGACGAUGGCCACGACGGCGGCGGGGAUCCAGCAGCAGCAGCAGGUGAUUGGCCUGGGAGCGGCCUAUGAUCGACAGCAGAGCACCGACUCCGGCUGGGAUAAUCCCUUUCGUCCAGGCGGCGACCUGUCCAGAGAGGCUGAUGAAAUUGUCAACAUGAUCAGAGGCGGCAAGCCCAUCACACCCACAGAGGAGCGUACAAUUGGCAACGGAAGCGCCCAGCAUGCGGACGACAAUUGCAACGGCGGAGCGGCGAUUGGCGAGAGUGUAACCAAAUCAAAUAUCUCGCAGAAUCUAGCAACAGCACAAAAUGGUACAAAUUCCCAUGCCUCUGCCUCUGCCGACGCUGGCGCCGGAAAAGCAGCGACGGCGACCGAGCUGAGCGGCGGCGGAAACAACGGGGUCACCUCGCUGGGACAGGUGUCCAAACAGGUGGUUCCGGGACCGACGUCCGCUAGUCAUGUGGUCAUCGACGAGAAGAAGAACAAGAAGAAGGGCUGCUGCGUCCUGCAAUAAUUGGAUAUUCUGUGUUCUGUUCGCGGGGAAAUCGAUAAUCGACGGGGGACAAACAAAUCGGAGGGGGGCGCGGGCAUUUUCCGGCUAGCCGUGUUUUUUGAUGUUAAUGUUUUUUUUUUUUUUUUGGGGAAAAUGGAAAGGAGCCGAGCUGUUGAUAUUUUUCAUGCCGCAUAAAUCGCUUUGCUUCUAGCUUUGCAAUACGAGACGACAACAACAACAAGAACAAGAACAACAAACCAGAUAAAAACACACAAGGAUAAACUAGAAAAACGUAAACAAAAACCAAGCUCUCUGACCAACAGCAGCAGAUAAGUAAGAAAACAUAAAGAGGAGAAUAGCAGCAGCAGCAGCAGCAGCCACAGUGAGAGCCAAAAUUUAAGCACCCCCAGCAGCUGUUGCUUCAGCUUCAAAGAAGAAAAACCGUCAAAAUCCAAAACAUGAAUUGUAAAUCUAAAGUAUACACACUUAUAUAUAUUUAUAUAUAUUUGUUAGUCUGGAGCCGAUGCUAACUGCAAUUCAACCUUAUUAUAUAUACAGACAAUUUUUUUUUCUUUUUCUGUAAUGUGACUCGACCUGCAUAUAUGUUAUAUUAAAACAUAUAUGUGAAUUUAAUUUUUUUUUUUGUAAUUGUAA